AUGAUGGACAUGAACAACAUGCAUCGAGGCAUUCCCUGGCUCACCAAGCCGGUGAUGCUUCAUUCCUCACGUGAUUUCAAGUGCAAGCUGAACCCUGAGCAGUGUGCUUAUCAAACAGGCCAUUGGCGAUUCUGGUACAAGGCCGACCUGGUUUACUCCCUGAACACUAUCUACCUUUGUUGUGCUAUCAUCGGCGUCUUCACCAUCGCCAAUAUCCUUACCCGCUAUGCCCCAGACUGCAUCAAGCGAACUCGAGUUUGGCGCGCGACGACCUCUGCGUCUCGCUACUUGGCAUAUCGAGGAUAUCGACUCCCAACUCUCCGUUACUGGUCUCCAUCUUUGGGGGUCAUAUUGCUUGGUGUUGUGGGUUUCGUAUUCUUCUUCGCCAUGACACUCGGGCCCAAACCAUACUACUGGCCUACUGAGGUCUCCUACGGUAGCAGUCCACCCAUUGCUACACGCGCAGGGUGGAUGGCCUUGGCAUUGCUGCCUUUCAUAUUGGCUCUAAGUACGAAAGCGAAUUUGAUCACUGCGUGUACAGGUGUUCCACACGAAAAGUUGCAGGUCUUCCAUCACUGGUUGAGCUAUGCUAUGUUCGUGUUAGCAUUGGUUCAUACCUUCCCCUUCAUCAUAUAUCAUAUCUCGAAGGGAGAUAUGGUGAAGAAAUGGAAGACCGACAUGGUGUACUGGACUGGGGUCGUGACUCUCCUUGCGCAAACCUAUCUGACGGUCAUGUCACUCCCUUCGAUUCGAAAUCGCUUUUAUGAGUUUUUCAAAGCCACGCAUUUGGUCGCUGCGCUGGUGUUCGUGCUCUUCUUCUUCUUCCACUGCGAUUUCCGACUGUCAUCGUGGGAUUACUUCAUUGCGUCAGGCGUCAUCUACAUGCUCAGUUUGAUGGCUGCAAACUUCAGAACGUUUCUGCUCAAUGGCCUUCACACAGCCACUCUGGAAGUACUUCCCAGUGGUCUCGUUCGCGUCGCAGUACCAACCUUCAUCAACUGGACUCCCGGUCAGCAUGUCUAUGUACGAUUCCUGACUUCCGACUUACAUCUUCUCACCGCACACCCUUUCACCAUCUCCUCCGUUUACCACGACCCAGCGACUACAGGGAAGGUCUCGGAAUUGAUCUUCUACAUCAAGCCGCGUGGUGGCGUGACUGGCAGAAUCGCUGCCCUCGCCAAGAAAAAACCAGGCUGCUCGAAGAAGAUCUUUAUCGAAGGCCCGUACGGAGGUGUCAGCGCACACAACAUGGCUCGGUUCGACACCAUCCUCGUGAUCGCCGGUGGCUCGGGUGGUGGUUUUUCGUUGGCUAUGGUCGACGAAGCCCUCCGCCUAUCCGAGCUUGAAGCUACUGGGGAGAAGCCAGCCCACAAAGGUCGUCGAAACUUGGAAGUCGUCUUUUCGACUCGCGACUCCGCCAUGGCAGACUGGUACACCGCAGAGAUCGAGUCCCGCCUCUCCCAUUCGACCAUACUUUCGCCGGCCCCGGAGAUUGGCUUCGAGACCUCGGUAUCUGUGCAUACCACGGCCGCGUUCGAAUCGGCGGCUUCGUCUCCGGCGCUCGGUUCGGCAAAGAACCCCAAGGCCCCGGCUGAGAUCACGACUACUGGGUCCUUCAGCCUGAACGUUCACCGCAACGCGAGGCCCGACAUACCAGGCCUCCUAGCUCGCACGGUCGCCAUGGCCCACAGCCAAGAGACUUUCGGGGGAAGAAGCAACGGAUCGGAGUUCUCGUUUGUGGACCCGCUUCAAUGCUUCAUGAUACUCGGAAUGCCGUAG